GCGUUUUUAUCACGACCGGUAUAAAUAGUGUGGUCGCCGCCGAAACGACAUUCAGUAGCCUUCGCGCAGUCUACAGAAGUGCACGAUGAGAGUACUGAUUGUCGCCGCCGUCCUCGCCUGCGCCGCCGCAGCGCCCUCGGGCCUGCUGGCUGGUCCCUACGGCCACGGUCUGAUCGGCCAUGGCGCCCCUCUGGCUUACGCCCACGCAGGCCCCUUGGCCGUGGCGCACGCCGCGCCCCUGGCCGUGGCUCACGCCGCCGUCCCCACCAUCUCCCCCGGAGACAUCCAAGGCGCCGCCAUCGACGCUCACGUUGAGGCCGCUGACCACGUCCGCGCCGCUCACGACCAGGCUGCUGAGCUCCACGGACAGGCCAUCAACGCCGCUGAGGACCACUCGUGGCAGGCGGUUGAUGCCGUGAAGACCCACGAGGCUCAGGUCGAUGGUGCCACCGCCGGUGUCGCCCCCAUCCUCGCUAAGCAGCUGGCCGGUCACGCCGGAGUGUACGCCGCCGCUCCUUUGGCGCACGCCGCGUACGCCGCUCCUUUGGCGCACGCCGCGUACGCCGCUCCCGUCGCACACGCCGCCUACGCCGCGCCCAUCACGCACGCCGCUCCCCUCGCGCACGCUGGCGCCAUCGCGCACGCCGGCAGCCACUCCGUGUCCUCCCAGUCCCUGCACCAGACCCACCCCGCGCCCCUCGUGCACGCUCCCGUGCUCGCGCACGCCGCGCCCGUCGCGUACGCCGCGCACGCCGCCCCCGUCGCGUACGCCGCGCACGCCGGCUACGCUCACGCCGGACUCGCUCAUGGUCUAUCCCACUGGUAAAUCUCUAGAAUAACAAAUUUGUGCCAAAAACGUUCUAAUACUCAAUUGUUUGGACUUUAAAUUAAAACAGACAGAGGCGAGGAUGUGUAAAUAAAGAAAAUAGUCAAUUUA